AUGUCUGAGGAGUUCAUCAAGGACCAGAACGCUCUUGUGAUGGGCGAUGGAAAGGUGUACAAGAUCCAGAAAGUGCGCCAGAGGAAGAUCCACAGCUGUGUUCCGUGCCAUCAGCGCAAGGUGAAGUGCUCUAGGGAGCACCCUGUGUGUCAGAACUGCACGAAGAAUAACCUGGAGUGUAAAUACUUUGUGAAUGACCGGGUGUCACGAGGUAAGAAGAAGAAGGAUGUUGAUAAAGAGGCGGAGCUGAGAAAGAAGCAAGAGCUGAAACAGUACAUGGCACGCGCAAAGAACCUUGUGUCGUCGUCAUCCACCCCAAUAUCGUCAACAAUGGGUGCGGAAAUACCCGCUGAGGUUAUCCAUCAACAACAACAUCAGCUCCAGCAACCGCUACAACAACACGAGAGUCACGAACCGCCACAUGUACACAUUGGAAAUGACCAACCGCCACAUCCACAACCACUGCCGCCACGGCCCGUGGGCGUCAACUUCAGCCAUCAGUCACCGAGGGAUAGAACCUCUCUAACGUUUUCUGACUCUGAGAGCUCUGUCAGUAUCGAAUCUCUUUCCCCUCCAAACAUGCACAAUCCACAGGUGCUGCCCACUGAGAAACACAGUAAUCAUACUCAGCAGAAUGCUCGUCAACAUUUGCAUGCUCCACCACCACUUCCACAUACUCACAAUCUUCAACAACAGACGCAGCAGGAGCAGUCGACACAGCAGGAACCGACACAGCAGAAACAACAACAAGACCAUGUAGGAUUUCUACCGCCUGUAAACGUGUCAAGGUCGCAAACUCCAAGCUUCGAGCCACAGCAACAGGGUGGCCAACCGUUGAGCAACUCCAUAUUGAGUGAUUUCUCACUGAGACAGACACCACAGCCCUCGAUGACUGGAAGAUUACCACAGAACGAACCUAUACAGCAGAUAGCGUUGAACUUGACAAACCACAGCUUGCCGAUGAUCUUGAUGCCUAAACAACCAGAGAUUGUUCCAACUUGGAAAUUGGAGGAAAUCUAUAGCGCCUUGCCUUCUAGAGAGAGAUCGUAUGGACUGGUUAACAGAUACAUUACAAAUAUUCAUCCAAUUCUACCCAUAUUGGAUAUAAAUGAAUUUGUUAGAGAACAUGAUGCCUUUUGGGAUAAUACUCUGGAACACAAGUUGGAGUUCUUGGUGAUUUUAUUCCCAGUUGUUUAUGCAGCUUCUAAAGGUGAGUGCUUUGAAUUCAGCUAUGAUGAAAUCACAAAAUUUGAACUGAGUAAUGAAAUUCACAAAUACCUGAGAAUUGCCCGUGUUGUGUUUCAAACGAUUGGAUACCCUCAAAAAUUCUCACUCCGUGUUUUGCAAAGUUCUGUUCUGCUGCAUAGUACUUUGGAAAACCCAUCGUUGAUCGAUAUUGGUAUCUUAGUACGUAUUGCACAGACUGUCAAACUCAACAGAGAUCCUGCAACUUUUCACAAGAUUUUGGAUCCAAAUUUGGUACAGACCAGGAGAUUGUUGUGGUGGGAAAUCUUUUACCUUGAUGCUAUGACAGCGUUGAAGAAUACAUCCACUCCGUUAAUAAGGCUCGACGAAUUCGAUACUUCGCUACCAGUGGAAUAUGUUAAUAACUCUUUGAACCCACAUACGUGUUUCCUCAAUGGUAAAUUCAGAUUCACUCUGAUCCUGAACGAGCUGACAAGGUGCAUGUACGGAUUGAACAUAGUGCCGUUUAACACCAUUCAAAUGUUGAAGCAGAAGAUCUUGGACUUGUACAUCAGUUGCAAUGCUUCGAUAAUGAACUUGGAGAAUGUGGAAUCUGUGCAAAACAUGUCAUACGAACAAAAUACAUUCAUCAAGUGGUCAAAAUCUGUGCUAAGCUCUUACUGUGACCGUGCACUUUUGUUGUUGCAGAAGAAAAUCGUUUUGUCAACUGUGCUGAAUUCAAACGAGGAAGGGAAUAACAUGCUGAUACAAGGAAGCUUCAACCAGCUUUUGAACAGCCAGAGAUCUAAGUUUAGCAUCGAGGCUUUGAUGAAGUCAUUGAAUCCACCUCAUUUGAACACUGAUAAUGACUUGACUCAUUACACUUAUGACGACUUGACAAACAACUUGAUACCAACUUCAUUACAUUUGUUGUAUGAGUUCUUGAAAAACAACAACGAUGACAUAUACAACGGAUUCAACUGGGAAAUUCGUAACAAUCUACCGUUUGACGCCAUUGUGCUUCUGUUGACGAACUUGAUAUCUGAUCUUGAGAAAAACCAAAAUAACAAGAAGUAUGAAUUACGCAAUGAUAUCAGAUACCAUCUUCUGGAUAAAACCAUCGACUUGAUAUUCAUUAAGUUUGACAACAAAAAAAGAUCUAUUAUCAAGAACUGUUUCACACUGAUACGUUAUUUGUUCCAAAUCUUGAGAUUGAAAUAUUUGAGAAAUGAUAGUGGUAAUUCCACAUUGGUGGAAUUCAGCCCUGUUUACACCGAGCAGAUUAUUCCAAAGCCCCUCAACAGUAGCUCAAACUUGUUGAAGAGAAACACAAGCAGUCAGAAAAACCAAUCACUUUUGAACCCCACUGCCAUUAGUGGACGUUCUAAUGGCUCUUGCUUCGACGAGGCUAGUAACUCGUUCAGCUCGGUUUCUGUUAGUGAUAUGUUUGUGAGUGGUUUAACUGAGGAAGUUAACUUCUUCCAAAGUUCUAACCAACUGUCAACACUUGGUGGCUCAAAUGAAAACGGGUCUUCUGGUGGUGAUCUCAUUACUGACGAUACGUAUAAAGAGCAUGAGAUCCAACGUAUUAAGACACAGAUAACGAAAUUCCUUCGUGAGGAACGUUUGAGCGAUGACGAUCGUUUCAACAAUAACUUCUACAUCAUGGUUGAGCAUGAGAUCCAUGAUUUGAUAAAACGUCUGACAGCCUAA